UCCCUCCGCCUCUCAGUAGCCUGCUGCAUUUAUAGGUCUGUCCUGGAGCAGGCUGACUGGCCGGAGAGCAGAGCUCACGAUGGGGAGCUUCCUUGGGCCUGCAGCACUUUUCCUGUUCCUCUUCCAGCCCGUGAGCCCAUUCUGGCUCUUGGAUGUGCUCUUCCCACCCAGUUCCACCCCGGAAGCUGCUCUCGCCAACAACACCCCUCCUGUAGUGCUUGUGCCUGGUUGCCUUGGGAACCAAUUAGAGGCCAAGCUAGACAAGCCAGAUGUGGUCAACUGGAUGUGCUAUCGCAAAACCGAGGACUACUUCACCAUCUGGUUGAACCUUAACAUGUUCCUACCCCUGGGAGUGGACUGUUGGAUUGACAAUACCAGAGUGGUAUACAACAGGACAACCCAGAGAAUGUCCAGUGCACCAGGUGUCCAUGUUCGAGUCCCUGGGUUUGGCAAAACCUACUCUGUGGAAUAUCUGGACAAGAGUAAACUGGCGGGGUAUAUGCACACCCUGGUGCAACACCUGGUCAAUAACGGCUAUGUGCGAGAUCACACGGUGAGGGCGGCUCCUUAUGACUGGAGAGUUGGACCCAAUGAUCAUGAGGAAUACUUCCACAACUUGCGCACCCUUGUGGAGGAGAUGCAUGAGGUCUACCAGAAGCGGGUCUUCCUCAUGGGCCAUAGCCUGGGCAACCUUCUUAUCCUGUACUUUCUGCUCCAGCAGCCGCAGGACUGGAAAGACCAUUUUGUCGAAGGCUUCAUCUCACUUGGGGCUCCCUGGGCGGGAGCAGUGAAGACCUUGAGGGUCGUGGCUUCAGGUGACAACCAGGGCAUCCCGAUCAUGUCCAGCAUCAAGCUACGUGAAAAACGGCAGGUGACCACCAACAAUCCAUGGUUGUUCCCAAAUGGGUUGGGUUGGCCUGAGACCCACGUCUUCAUCUCUACCCCCUCCUACAACUACACCUUGCAUGACUAUGAACGCUUCUUCACCGAUGUCAACUUUGAGGAUGGCUGGUACAUGUGGAAUGACACCAAGGACCUGCUGAAAGGGCUGCCCCCUCCAGGUGUUGAUGUGUACUGCCUGUACGGCAUUGGGCUACUCACUCCAGAGACCUAUAUCUAUGAUGAUCGCUUCCCCUACGAGGACCCUGUGGACAUAGUGUACGGUGAUGGGGAUGACUCCGUCAACAAAGGCAGCCUGGAAUUGUGUAAGCAGUGGCACGGCCAGCAGAAAGAAAAGGUGCACGUUGUGGAGCUGCCAGGGGUGGAUCAUCUCAACCUGGUCUUUAAUAACCUUACUCUGAACUACAUCAAUGAAAUCCUGCUUGGAAGCUUAGGGAAUGCUACAACUGCAGAGGAGGGAGGAGAAGAUGGAGAGAAAGGCCCUUUGGAAACACAUUCCUAAGCCAAAAGAAGGGAAGGAUGUUGAUGGCAUCCCAGGCCCUCCAAGGCACCCAGUGGAAACUGAGCAAAAUGGCAGCCUGUUGUUAUCUAAAUAUCUUUUCCUCCAUGUAGGUUGAGGGGAGAAAGUGUGCUCUACUAUGGUACAGAAGCGUGGUCACUCUUUUGCUUCUAUCAUUUCCACACUGCAACACACACCGCAGCUAUAUUCACUGUUUCCAUUAUCUCCCACCUGCCCUUUUUUUCUGAUGGGAAAAGAUUGCAAAAACCCUCUUGGCAGUUGGCAGCUUCUCAUUUUGCAUUGGUACUGUGGCUUGGAGGCAGAAAGGUUCAUGCUUUUCUGAUUCUGUCUGCAUGCAGGCUACUGAAAUAAGGGCAUGAAUUUGGUCACAUUUGUUUCAAGCAGAGAGUUCUCAGAAAAAGCAAAAUGUUAGACUGCUUCCAGCAGACUCCAACCUGCCUUAUACAGAUGACAAGCAGGGGGCUUGUCCGUAAUCUUGCAGCUAGAGGUCUGGCUCCCGCAGCUGGGCUACACAUUGACACAGAAUGGUUUCACUGUACUGACAAAUGGCCGGUUUCUCAAACUCUGCAAGCCAGAGAUUUGCCCUAGUCAUCCUGGUUGUGUGGCAGGGACAGGCAAGUGUAGCUUGUCAAACAGAGGUGAGAAAAGAAGGCCUGGCUGAAAUUCCCUCUUCCACCCAACUCUUGACAAAAGAAACCUUCCUUUUGAUCACCCUCCCAAGUUGGGAGUUGUUUACCAUUUUGGCAUCCUUGCAUCAUUUCUGUUUGUAGUGAGCUUUUGUGCAAAAUCCUCUUAUCUGGAAAGUCAAAUCCCACAACUUUGUUUCAAUACAGCAUGACCAAUAGGUCUGAUUCAUGAAAUACGAAUUUGAUUUAUUUGACAAGGAGUCCAUUCAGUGCAAGCAGAAGCAGUUUAUUUGAGUGAAGGGGGUGACCCCAUGCCCUCAGGCACUGAGAAGUGAUGGGCGUAGGAGACAAAGGGGAGAGGGGAUUAGGAACAGGUGUGGGGGAACAUCUGAACACAUCUCAAACCCCCAUCUCUGGGAAGGAGCUGUUCUAAGAUUCUACAGCAGAUUCUACAUCAGGCAGGCUGAUCCUAUGUGUUUCUAGAGAUGCCACUCAUCUAGUGCUUCUAAAACUAAUUUACUACUGGGAAAGCUAUAAUUGCAGAGCUGAUAGCUGGCGCUUUCUUGUGAUGCACAGAUGGCAUCAU